AUGGAAGACCAUACCCCGCAAAAGUCCGAGCUUCACCGCCGCAAUAACUAUUCUAUCAGACGGAAGCCACUCCACGACGAAAGUGCGAGAAGCUCUGGUAAUGAGGAAGAGGGCCGAUUGCCUAUCCCGGAGUCGUCAGCCCCGGGUUCGAACGAAGACAGCGAACCCCCCACACGGCAAGAAAGGGGAAUCCAAGCUACUAUCAAGUCAAUAUGGGCGUUCCUCAACGCACCUAUCGUGGCGAACAUUUUCUUCGCAUUCGCAUUCAUACAGUGCACCAUAUCCAUUAUUGAGAAAAGACAGGCGGCAAGAAAGGCAGAAGAAGACAGAGAUUACAGAGCUGUACUAGUGCUGGUGAACACCCUCUCAAACCAGGUGAAUCACCUCGCUGAGAGAGUAGAGGCGAUGGCACAGAACCUUGGAUGA